UUACACGUUUUCCCACAUGAUUUGCAUUUUUCUACUGUCAAAGAAAUGCUUGCUUACAUUUUUCUAGUCGAACUGAUCAUUUAUCGGAGGCCGAAUUUAUCGAGGUGUGUAUGCGGCUGCAAGGGGCGAAUGAAGAAUAAAAGAGGCCGCAGAUGCAUCCGGUUAAACUGCGAAUCGCCGACAAUAGAUGAAGCACGUGAAGGCGCUUGCCAUGAAUCGACCGUUAUAAAGCGAUGAAUAGAUAGAAAACAGUGGGGAUGCGACACGCGAUGCGGAAGGAAAGUUUGAUCGCAAUCUCUCUCAAUCCUCAUUCUGCGGCAAUGCGUUUGUGGGACGGCAAUCGGAUCUAGACGGGUCAAGCUGGAAAGUAUUGUCCGGCUCUUAAGCUGAAGAGAAUGCAGAGGGGUCACGUUGAAUCGACUCCCAGUGACCCGUUUGAGGACGUACGUACUUGUAGAGUACAAUGGAACGAGUUUGAAAAAAGCUACUACAUAAUUGCGGUAUAAUUAGGAUAAGUUAUGUAUCUGGAAUUUUUAUUUCCGUUAGAUAGGAGCGCUUCUCGUGAAUAAAAUGAAAAAAGAAAGUAGAACGAUGGUAGAAACAUCUUUGCAUGUGUAUGUGUACAAAUAUCAUCCAUGUAUCGAAAGGCAGCUUUGCCCCAAAUACGAGAUGUAUCCUCCGCAGACCCUACUAGUUUAUUUCGAAGAAUCCCUCCGAAAGAAGGAGGGAUGAGCCGCCUGUACCGUGAAAAUCAAAUACACAUUUAUAUGCAUAACAAGGAUGCGAGAAUGUAAUUAUAAAAAGAGGCGAAGGGUGAGAAAGGGGCGGCAAGCGCUUUGCCCUGCGGUGACGUCAGUCGCUCGGAGUAAUUGUCAGUUGCGCAGAGACGCAGAGACUGGUCUCGCCGCGGGCGCGCGCGCUACGUCAGAAUGACGGGUCGAGCGAGCAGCAACCGAUAAACCACCCUCUCUGGUCGGGGCUCUCUGCGGGACGGGGCCAACGCGCCGUCUAGGGGUAAACAUCAUAUUCUAGAGAUAUUCCGCGUCCGCGGUAUCCCGCAUAUCGCACCCAUCAUCCCCGUCGUGGACGCGCGGACGCCGAGUACACUUAUUGUCCAUGUUGCCUCGCGGUAAGUUACGCGCGCGCAGCAUCCCGAUAAACCGCAUCCGUUCUCUGCUGCAGAGGGGUACGCGAGCAUGGGACAGGGAGCGGUAUCGUGAAGGAGGGCGGAAGGCGCGUGUCGUGGUUCGCGCGCGCGCGCGAUUAACGGGCGCUCAGGCUCAGGGUGGCCGAGUGACGCCGACGUCGACGACGAUGGCGAGCUCGGGCACGACGGUCGGCGACGGGGUCGGCGACGACGGCACGACGGGCGUGCCGGGCGGCGGGCCCAGGAACCCCCUCGUCUGCGGUCUCUGCCACGACUACUACAACGAGCCCUGUCUGCUCUCUUGCUUCCACACCUUCUGCGCACGUUGCAUACACGGCCCGCACAUCGACGGGACGAUCAAGUGUCCCAUCUGCGGGCAACAGACACAGUUAAAGGAUGGAGCGCAGCUACCACCGCCCGAUCAGCUGAUACGUCAGUUGGUGGAGUUGGCGAACUCUGAGAAUCCACCGUGUGCCAAUUGUGACAAGCGUGACAAGUCCACGAUGUUCUUUUGCACAACUUGCGGACAAGCGCUUUGCACCCACUGCAGAGAGCACACCCAUCGCGCCAAGAUGUUCUCCACCCACGAGGUGGUUCACAUGAGCAAAUGCGCCAAGGACACUCAACGUCGCUGUCCGAGCCACGGGGAGCAAUACAUAAUGUACAGCCAGAGCGCCAAGUGCAUGUUAUGCGCCACGUGUUUCCGCGACACGCCCGCGGACGCGCGGGUGCACUGCGUGGACAUAGAGAGCGCCUGGCAGCAAGCUUCGAAGAAAAUGGAACGCGCGGUGAAUUCCAUCUGCGAGCUCCAGGCCGGCAUCAAGGACGGCGUGCUGGCACUCAAGUCCCAGCUGGACGAGUUACGUCACAGCCUCGAAUCCGAGAAGCGCGCCCUGGGCGCGUUCUGCCAGGGCAUGCAGGAGGCAAUCACCAAGACGCACGCCUACGUGCUCUCGGAGCUGCAACGUCAGUUUGAGACCAAAGAGCGAAUGGUGCGAGCACAGCUGCUGUCCUUGGGUAGCGCGUUACCUGUACUGCAGAUGCACCUGAUGCUGUGCACCGCGUUCACGAGCGGCGCGACCAAAUAUCAGUUCCUGGAACUGGCUCAUCCGAUGCUCGACCGGCUGAGCCGAGUGGCCCAACUCGGUCAUCCAUCGCGGCCACCCCUGCUCGCCGCCCACAUCAGGACAAAUUAUCGCGCUGACUUCGCCCGCGCCUUGCAGCCCUACAUAGGGCAAGCGCAAAUCGCGAAAGCCGCCGCCACCGUAGAAUCUCUGUACGAUCAAACAUCGGGUCACACGUUAGGACAGUCAGAUCCGCAGAUACUUCAGAGCAGCAAGACUGGUCAGAGACUACCGCCCAAGGGCGGACCAACUGACGGCGGCCCGUUCUCCAAUCAUUGCCGGACCUUCGACACCCAACUGAAGGAACUGAGUCAACAACUAAUGACUGUGAAGGAACGAUUGGGUGAGUUGCAGCGGGACGUUUCCGUCUUGAAGAGAGCGAACACUCCGCCGUUAGGUACGCGUUACGACCACGUGGCGAGGGAUUGCCGUUUGUUGGAGCAACAGCUGGAGCAUCAUCAAAUAGAACUGGAGCGACUGAGAAAUGUCUUUGACGCGCUCUGGGAAGAGCAAGUGUGUAGGAUUCACAUAGAAAAGGAGAUCUUUCAUUCGCAGAUGAACGAUAUAUUAUCGUUAAGGAGCGAAGUGAAGAAAUUGCAAGCGCUCGCUCAGCACCUGGAGCCCUUCGUAAAGUCGUUUUCCACGGGUAUCGGCGCCGGAGAAGUGAGUCUAGCCGCGGCGGACGCCGCCGACAAUCAACAUCUGCAGGCUUUGCUGGAUCAUCUAGCUCGUCUACAAAUGCAGGAGCCGCAUCUGCAAACUCAGGCACCGACGAAGGAUCAUCGUCAUCCUCGUGGCACCACGACGAGCGCCGACAACGCGUUAUAUAUGAAGGAAACAAAGGAAAUCCCGACGCGAUGUCGCACACCGUCCGGAGGCGUGGGAGCCGUAUUGGAUUCGAGCGGCAACAUAGUCGUGUACGGGACGGCCAAGUCGACCGAUCCGAAGAGGGGUGUGCUCAGCCAGCUGAUCGAGAAGGCCAGGACGCAAAAGGACGAUCGUAAGAAGUCACCCGGCAGGGAGGACGGUCGCGAUCGCAGCCAGAGUCGGCGCUCGCGCAAAUCGCCCGACGGUUCGAAACCGAAGACGCCGCCCGGACACUCGUCCGGCGGUAAGAUGCGGUCGUUGUAUCGCUCCCUGAAGGGCGGCGCCGGUGAUACGUCCGCCGAGGCUCUCGAUCAGGCAGAGAGGUGUACCGAUUCGCAGCAACCGCCUCAUCUCGGAGAUGAAGGCGAGUAUCAACGAAUCUCGGAGGCCUCGAGCAUGGGUGAGGCCAAGAAGCGUGUGCAGGCGCAAGUGCACGCGGUUCCGGCGGACGAGCAGAUACCGCCGAUCCCGGUUAGCGUGAAAGCCGCCAAGAUCUAUCCGGCUAGCGAUUCCGAGGAGUUGUUCUACGCCGAAGGCGCGAAGGCGGCCGAGGCGAGGAGGCGGCGACGCGCUAGCUGCGACAGCCUGAGCACGACUGGUUCCGGGAACAGCAGGCGAUCGAGCAUCGCCGAUGGGACGGUAGGUCAUCAACAAUCCAUCGCGCAGGACCCCCGGAAAACCCUGGUCGUUUUGAUCGGACCGACGUCACGGACGUCGUCGUCUCUCGUGCAGAAGCAGCGUUCCUGGGAGACCUUUCCGCGGCCCAAGAGCAAGCGCGGCGGCAGCGACGGGGUGGGACCCGGAGCGUCGUCCCUCGGCCAGCUGAAGAAAGCGGACAGCUUCGAGGGCCACGAGGAGGCGGUGCGCACUUUGGUAGCGGCCGUGCAGGAGACGCGCUCCCAGCUGCGACAUCACCAUCUACAUCAUCACCGUCAUCAUCGUAAGAGCAAGACGAAUUAAAUAGGGCUACUCUCCGUCGUUUUCGAUCCUUUUGCAGCUCCUUCUUCUUCUUCUCUUCGCGCGCGACAGAGUAAUGAAAGAAGUGAAGAGUUGGUUUGUCCGAGGAUAAGAUAUCUCGAAUAAGAUAUCCGCGAGUCUAGAUAAGGAAUAUUAUCGAAAGACUAAAUAAACACGCCGUGCCCCCACGUGGCUUAAAUAUACUUGUUAUUUAUUAGCAACGGAACGCGCGUAUUGUUGCGAGAGCCGACGAUUAUCGGUUUUUCGAAGAUUUUGGACAUUCUAUCGAUAAUAAUAAUAAUAAUAAUCAUACAAAAUAUAUGAAAAACACAAUAAUUAAAAAACCUAUAUUGCGCGAUAUAUAAAUAUCUGUCGUAAAAAAAAGAAUAGCUGUUGAGAAGCACCUUCGAGACAAGUGCACUUUCGUCUUUAUAUUGCUUUUCGAGAGACUGUCAAAUUUCUUUCACGGUCCCGACCAAAUGCAUGAUGUAUUUGUAUUAUUCCGAAGUUUUCGAAAUUUAUAUUAUGUAUGUGCCUCGCGUAUAUCGGAGUUGUAUAUCGUAUGCGACUCUCGCGAGCAUCUUUUUUAUAGCGAUUUUAAUUGCACUUGAUGAUGAAAAAAGCGCCGAAGGUCGAAGUGUCGUUGCCUAUCCUGUAAAUCGGACGUUAACGGGGAAGUAAAACAGUUGUAUGAUCAUAUACUGAUUAUCCGCUACUCGUAUUGUUGAGCUGCGACUUGUCUGGGACGGUUGAUACACGUAGAGCCUUGAUUAGGGAUAGCGAGGAAGAAAAGUUUUCGAAUAUAAAAGAAAAACGCGCGUAUAUAAUGUACAAUAAUUGCAGAAGAACCGCGGUUGACGUAGCAAUUUAAAUUCAUUAUCUAAAAAGAUAACUGAUUUAAUUUUACCUUUUGACGUAUAUCUAUAUUAUUUCGGUUUCAUUAUAUGGAAGAGAAAGUCCUGUACAUUUUUUCUUUUCUCUGUUAAAAUUACGCAAAUCUGUUUAAGGCUCCUGCAUCCUCGCUAUGUUAGAUUGUGACGUCAGAGGCGAGAAAUUACACGCUGAAAAUUCUUAG